AUGAGACUUGGAGUUCCAGGUGGGAGAUCAAGUGAUGCUGAAAAUGACUCCCCAGAUUUGAAAGAAAGUAAGCAGCAAGACAGUCCAUCGUGGGCUUAUUCCAAAGAUGAGAUGGAUAAAGGAUGGAAGCAAGCAAAACGUGCUUCGCCGGUGAUCCGCAAGCAAUUCCAGAAAGAUGUGGAGGCAGUGCUAGAUCACAGAACCAUGGGGCAGAGCAAAAAAAAUAGAUGGACAGAUUAUCUAGUCCAGUGGAAGGGGGAGACCGAGCUGGACGCUACUUGGGAGCCAGACGUGACCUUGUGGCAGUUCGAGAACAAAAUUGCUGAGUACCUGAGGAACGUGCUGAAGCAAGCCAAGUUGACAAGGGCAUCAACCUCUUCAGGUGGGGGUGGUUUGUUAGCCCCUUAG